AUGAGCAAAGCUCACCCUCAUGAGUUAAAAAAAUUUAUGGACAAGAAGUUAUCAUUCAAAUUAAAUGGUGGCAGACAUGUCCAGGGAAUAUUAUGUGGACUUGAUCUCUUUAUGAAUCUUGUGAUAGAUGAAUGUGUGGAGAUGGCAACUGGUGGGCAACAGAACAACAUUGGAAUGGUGGUGAUAUGA